AUGGAUUCCCACUCCCUUCCCCCUCCUUUCCACACCCGUGAUUUCCAUCUCCAACAACACCAAUUCCAUAACAACAACAACAAUAACAACUCCGAAGAAGAACACAGCACCACCACCACCCGCCUCAAACGCGACCGCGACGAUGACACCAACAACUCCACCGGAGACGCCGCCCCCGGCCCCGCCGACGGAGAAAUCACUCGACGCCCUAGAGGUAGGCCUGCUGGAUCCAAAAACAAACCCAAACCCCCUAUCAUUAUCACUCGCGACAGCGCCAACGCCCUUCGUACUCACGUCAUCGAAGUCACCGAUGGCUGUGAUAUAGUCGACAGCGUCGCUACCUUCGCUCGUCGUCGCCAACGUGGGGUUUGUAUUAUGAGUGGUACUGGUACCGUCACCAACGUUACUCUCCGUCAACCCGCUUCCCCUGGUGCAAUUGUUAACUUACAUGGCCGGUUUGAGAUCUUAUCUCUUGCCGGCUCUUUUCUUCCUCCUCCCGCUCCUCCCGCUGCUACUACUUUAACUAUUUAUCUCGCUGGCGGUCAAGGUCAAGUCGUCGGCGGUAGCGUCGUUGGUACUUUAAUCGCUUCCGGUCCUGUAGUUAUCAUGGCUGCUUCCUUUAGUAACGCUGCUUAUGAACGGCUUCCGUUGGAGGAUGACGACCAGCCACCGCUUCCGUCGUUGCAAGCCGGCGGCGGAAUUGGGUCUCCGGAUGAAGUUGGACAGUCACAAACGGCGCAUCAUCAACAACAGCAACAAAAUCAACAACAGCAGCAACUUCUUAACGACGGGAAUGCGCCGUUAUUUCACGGUUUGCCUCCGAAUCUCUUGAAUUCAAUUCAAAUGCCACCGUCUGAAGCGGCGUAUUGGGCAAAUUCCCGUCCUCCGUACUAA